CAGUACAUCACAAGAACAGGCCCUUCGGCCACAAUGGUGUGCCAAACCAGCAGAAAAGUAAAUCAACCCUCCCCCAACAAAAUCUAGAGUUGUUGGGGGGGGGGUGAAGUUGGGGCGGGAGUGAUUAUCUACACCAACAGAAUAACAACAAGUCUGGAUACUGAAAACGAAGAGGGUGUCUGGAUUGGACGGCGAGUCUGGGAACUGAGCGUGCUGCCUCAGAAUAAAGAAACUUCACUUUAAAACGGAGAUGAGAGACAUUACUUCAGCCAAAGGUUGUUUGAUCUGUGGAAUUUGUUACCACAAACAGUGGUGGAGGCUAUCCUUGGGUAUAUUCAUGUUCUGGAUUGCUAAAUAGGUUAAGAAUUAUAGCAGGAAGCAAGAAUACGGUGUUGGAAAAAUAAUCCACCAUGAUUGAUUAUAGAGCAGACUAGAAUGACGGAAUCACCUAAUUCUACUCCUAUAUAUUAUGAUUUGUAUCUUAUACCAUGACUGAGUGAUGACUUCCUUGUAUCCCAUCACAAACAAUAGGAAAUCUUCAGAUGCUGGAAAUCCAAUCAAUACACACAAAAUGGUGGACUAACUGAGCAGGCCGGGCAGUGUCAAUGGAAGAGAGUAGCGUCGACAUACAGAUGCUGUCUGGCCUGAUGUGUUCGUCCAGCAUCUUGUGUCUGUUCUUUUGUAUCCCAUGUCAGGCUUUCUAAAGAGUGAGGGGCAGUUACAGAUUUCUUCACUCUGGUCAAGACAUAUGCGUUCCAGAUUUAAAUUUCAGGUUAAUGCUUUGUUCUCGUUUGUUUUAGUAACAUACUUCAUUAUUUCUCUGGAUAUAGACCUGCGGUGAGAGGUUUAUUGAAAGAAAAGCCCACAACUGGAAGCAAACCACAACUGAAGACAAGGGAAAAGCAACAAGGAAACCAGCCCGAGGACUGAGAGAACCAUUUCGAGAGAACCCAUCUGAUUCGGAAUUUCCAUUGAUUCAGUCAGGAGAAAGUUUGAGCAGCAAACACUAAUCACACCUGUCCUCAAAAUGGAUCAAAUUGCGAGCAGUGAAGGAGAGCCAGUGACGUCAACAUCGGGAAAGGACACGGCUCCGAGCUCAGCAAUCACCGAGCUCCUGGCAAACUGGGACGAUUCCCAGCUGCUGCAGUUGACGGAUAUCUACCGGGACAGGCUGGAGCAGGCGAUGGAAGGAGGGGUGCACGGAGUGAGCCUGGCGUUAACGGCCGAGAAUCAGUUCAGCGGAGAUGAACAUCGGAAAAUCUCUGAUCUCGCUGAUAAGGGAGAGCAGGCGGACAGUUCUAAACUCCUCCUGAGCCUGGUGAUGGAGAAAGGCUCCCGCGCCCGGAGGGUGAUGUGGGAAACCUUUGUGAAAAUGCGGACUGGUGUUCCAGAGUUGGACAAAAUGCUGAAGGAAAUACAGAUAUAUGGUUGUAAUCCCUCCCAUCCAUCAAACCCCGCUCAAGUUUUACUGAAGAUUCUCAGUGAGCUGAAAGAUGUUCAACAGAAACACAAGGAGACUCUGCGGGCACAAACUGAAACACUGAGAGUGAACACGAUCCUGAUGAGGGAGAAGGUGAAGGUUUUCCAGCUGGUUGAUCGAUACGCUGAGCUCACGGUCAUUUCUACUGUUCGAGAUCGGGAAAUGGUGGAACAUGAGCUGCGGGCAAGAGGCAGAGACCACGAGGAGUGGAGAGAAAAACAUCUCCGUGGACACCUGGAAAAACUCCGGACGGAUCAGCUGUUCCAGAGCAGCUUUUCCCGAAGUAAAUCCCAAUCAGAGAGUACAGCGGCAGUGGCCGGAGACCCAGGGAUCGGGAAAACAACAAUGGUUCAGAAGAUUGUUUAUGACUGGGCCACGGGGAAAAUAUACCAACAGUUCCAGUUUGUCUUCAGUUUCAAAUUCCGGGAUUUAAACUCCAUUGACAACAGAAUAAACCUGAGGGAACUGAUUCUAGAUCAGUAUCCUUACUUUGGGAAUAUCCUGGGAGAGGUCUGGAAGAACCCCGAGGGAUUGCUGUUUAUAUUCGAUGGUUUGGAUGAAUUCAAACAUAGAAUCGAUUUUGCUGACAGUCGGAGAGAUACAGAACCCAAGCACCAGUGCCCAGAUCCCGAGUGGUGGUGUGAAAUGUCUGACAUUGUGUACAGUUUAAUCCAGGGCAAGCUGCUCCCAGGGUGUUCAGUGCUGGUGACCACCCGCCCCAAUGAGUUACAUUUAUUGGAAAAGGCUCAGAUCAGGGUCUGGGCUGAAAUCAUGGGAUUUGUUAGUGAGAAACGGAAGGAAUAUUUCAUCAGGCAUUUUGAAGAUCAGAUGGUGGCAGCAGCUGUUUUCAAACACGUGAAGGAGAACGAGAUCCUGUACACCAUGAGCUACAACCCCUCCUACUGCUGGAUCCUCGCUCUGGCACUGGGUCCCUUCUUCACACAAAGAGUCAGGGACCCGCAGCGAGUUCCCAAGACCAUCACCCAACUGUACUCCUACUAUAUUUACAACAUCCUGAAAAAUCACGGCCGUGAGAUUGAGAACCCCCGUGAUGUGUUGCUCAGGCUUGGCCGGAUGGCCUUCAGAGGAGUGUCCGAGAGGAAGAUUGUGUUUACAGAUGGAGAUUUGAUCAACUACGAUCUGCUGCCUUCCCAGUUCCUGUCCGGGUUCCUGAUGGAGCUUUUGGAGAGAGAGGAUUCUGCCCGGAGCGUGGUGUACACAUUCCCACACCUCACCAUCCAAGAGUUUGUAGCUGCAGUCGCACAAUUCCUGAUCCCAGAUUGCAGAGAUAUUAUGAAACUCCUCACUGAAAUCCACUGCGUGAAGGAUGGGCGAUUUGAGGUAUUUCUCCGUUUUGUUGCUGGUCUCUCCAACCCAAUGACAGCUCGGGGCCUGGAGGCGAUUCUGGGUCCAUUUCCUCAUCAAACAACCUGCCGGGUGAUUGACUGGGUGAAGGAGGAGGUUAAACGCCGGAGUGGAAACACAGAGAGUGAAGCUGGUAAAAGGAGCCUCCUGAACACAUUGCACUACCUGUUUGAGUCUCAGAAUCGUAGACUGGCUCAGGACGCGCUGGGAUCUGUGAAAAAACUUUCAUUCAGUGAAAUUACACUGACCCCGAUUGACUGUGCGGUCCUGUCUCAUGUCAUCGGACUCUGUGAUACAAUAAAACACCUCGACCUGGAGAACUGCCACAUUCAGUGUGAAGGAAUCCAGCGGCUGGGACUCGGGCUGCACAAGUGCCAGGAGUUGAGCCUUGGGCAGAAUGAACUGGGAGAUUCAGGAGUGAAACUGGUGUCUGCGGCUCUGAGGAACCCGGAGUGUAAAAUACAGAAACUGUGGCUGGAGGAUGUCGGUCUCACAGAUUCUGGUGCCGAGGAUCUCGUCUCCGCUCUCAGUACAAACCCAUCACUGACGGAGCUGAGCCUUGGUUACAACUCGCUGACUGACGGAUCUGUCCCCGCUCUCCACCGCCUCAUACUGACCCUCCCGAGUCUGCAGUGGAUCCUGCUGUGGGGGAAUCAGUUCAGUGAGACCGGGGAGAAGGAACUGAGAGCUCUCCAGGGAGCCAGAUCCGGACUGACAGUGAUGGUGUGAACAUCCCCGCCCGCCGGAUGGGGACAUUUUGCCGAUUCCCCGCCCUCCCCUUUAACACCCGCCCUUACCUUUAAUGACCACGCGCCUAGUUUAAUUCCCAACGGUUUGAAGGGAACCGGCUCCUGCCUCGUGCUCGGUAACAUCAGAAUGGUCCCGCAGUGACGUAUUUCCGCCUGUUGUCCGGCGACGCAGCUUCGUCGCCGGAUGUG